AUCUAGCGUCCUGAUCGCAUACGGGAAUUUUACAAAAACACUCCUUUUUAGGAAGAGCAGAAAAACGUCGGACUAGAAGCCACCGGGCUAUUUCACCGAUUGGUUUCCUGUACUUCGAGGUCAGGUGCUCUGGCCAACUCAUUUUGCCUCCGCAGGUUUAUGUAGGUAAAGAUUCACCAAUACCUGUUGGCGAAAAGGGGGUUACAACUUACUUAAUUGCAAAGUAGUGUUGAAUUUCUAGGAAAAAGCUCUGAUUUAGGCCUUGGAAAAUGUCCAGCGGAGAGGUGAAGAAAGUAUCACGUGAAGAUAUUCAGCUGGUUCAAAAUCUCAUAGAACGGUGCCUACAGCUUUACAUGAACCAGAAAGAAGUUGUGAGCACCCUCCUACACCAAGCCAAAAUUGAGCCAGGCUUUACUGAACUUGUGUGGCAAAAGCUUGAAGAAGAAAACCAGGAAUUCUUCAGAGCAUACCGUUUGAGGUUAAUAGUGAAGGAUCAAAUAUUGAGAUUCAAUGAGUUGCUUGAGAGGCAAGCUAAGCUAAUAAGUCAGAUAUGUCCACCUGGAGUUAAUUCGAUUCCCCUGGUCACCGGUGGAUCUCAAAUACAUCAAUUACAUGAUAACUCUACCUGCGCAACAACUGAUAACAUUGGACCGGUAAUGAAGGCUGACACCAUGAGCCAAAAUAUGAAUGCCAGUUUACUUAAUGUAUACUCCAACAGCGUGUCCUCCCUGCAAACUCGUAUGGAAACUGCCCUCGAUAUGUCCUCUCAUCAUCCACGGAGGAUUAAUGUCUUACCAAGCACCCUGCUGGCUCAAAAUGCUAGUGUGGGGUUGAUGCAUGGGGGACAACUCAUCAAAUCAGAAGCAGCUGCUUCUCCUGCUUAUCGUCAUCCUGCCAAUCCCCAUUUUAUGUUUGGUAGUGACAACAAUGUUUUGGAAAACCGCCCUGUCAUCACGGAUGCGUCCAUUUCAUCCUUCAGUAGUGUGGAGUCUAAUUCACAGAGCCUGAACGAGACUGUCUUGGAUGCUGCUGAUACAUCCUUUGGGUUCUUGGGGCAGAUUCCCCGCAACUUCAGUUUGUCCGAUUUGACAGCUGACUUUGCUAAUAGUUCAGAUAUUUUAGAGACAUAUUCGAGAUCGCCCUUCCUAGCUUCAGACACAGAUAGCUUCCUGGAUCCUCGUUGUAUGAGAGAGCACCGAGGUGAACAUUGUGAAUUAUUGAAUACGUUUAAAUGACAUUAAAAAAAAUCGCAGUUUUUGUUAAAGAUCUUUAAAGAUGUGUGCUAAGACAUUAAUCUGAGCUGCACAUAAUUGAAAAUAUUCAUUAAUCAUUAUGAUUUAUAUUUUCAUAUUUCAACAUGGUCUCCUUCGCCAAUUUAAAUGGGUAGUGAAGUCAUUUGUUAUUUUUACCUCCACUCCAUCGUAAAAUAACUUUUCAUAUUUUCUUGCUCAUUUUGUCAUUUCUCAUUUGAUGUGUGUAAAAAUUUUCAGGCCCAUUUGCUCCGUAGAUACAACCCCUGGAGGAGUUUCGUGUAAAUAAGGAAUGGGACAUGGUGAAGCGUUCAAAAUGUGUAGACUGGCUUGAUUUAUUGGUCGGUGCAACUCUUGUGGAUAAGAAAUAUUUUUGUCAAAGAAUGGGUGGGUAUAUGUGCAUUUGUUUUGUGCAAAUAGGUUUAUUACAGGAAAAUCAUCAGUAUGCGUUUAUGUGAAUGGCGGUUCUAAUCUGAUGGAUUUGUGAAACGUUCAUGCUUAAUGGUGGUGAAAUAUUUAUUACUAAAUUGUGACUGUUUAUUACCAUAGUAGUUUCGGUGUUACCUUAAAUGGUUUUAGACUUUAGUAGAGAUCAUACAUUCAUAUGGGUGGACAAGUCACACGCUGCUCCAGUUCU